AUGAAGCUACCUUUCACAGUCGCGAUAGCUGUCGGCCUUCUGGCGGGUCGAGUGCUUGCCAAUCCGCCUGCGACAUCCAGUGCUCCUGCUGACCUUCACACUCGCCGAUCGAUUCGCGGAACCAAUGGAACUGCUCCAGAACUAAGUGGUAUAGAUUUCAAUCCUGACGUAUUUGCCAGUGAUGCUCAGUGGAGGCAAUAUGUCGACAAGGGCCUGCAGCUUACAUGUCUCAUGGAAGCCACGGACCAGGGCGCGGGCUACCUUCUCGAUGACUCGCGAAGUCCACCUUCUGCUGCGAGCAGAUGGGCCGGUGAUCUCAAGAAUGAUCUCGCGAAGUGGUACUGGCACAUCACCGACUGGGACGAAGGCUGGGAAUGCGACUGGAGACGUCAGGGCCUGACGGAGGCAUUUGAAGGCCAAGGACUAAACCCCGACCCAGCUUUUGAUGACGAGGGUCAUCCAUCGGGUGGGAACAACCAAUGCAUUAAUGUUUCGCACUAUGACGAGAACGACCUGGUAGAUCCACGCGACGAGAAUUCGCCAACGAAGCAAUUUCGAGACCAGCAUUAUUGGGUUGACGGCAGGAAGUAUACGUCUACUGGCGCAUACUAUCACUUCGCCAUGAACAAGAUCGAUGGAGCAAAAAACCUUGGAAACCCUGCAACAUCAGUAUUUGGGGCCUGGCACAGACAAGCAGCGCCUGGUGAGCUUCCCGAACUACGCUUCGUUUCCGACAUCUUCUGGGGUUUCUGGGUUCGCGACAAUCCAAAUGUCAAGAACAUCCAAGUCUAUGGGGCAUACUUGGUCAUCAACGAACGCACAGUACUUCUAGUCUCUCGCGCUCUAAGGAACGUCCAUGUAAACACCUUGAAGUUGUGGCCGGGGACGAGUUUCUCUGCAGAAACGGAGGAAGGAAAGGCAUUGAUUGGUUCUCCGAUUGGUGCAACAAUUGCACACAUGCUGCUUUCACACAAGGCCGAAUUGGGCAUUAAGCAUAUCACCAAAGUCACAAUCUGCACCGGCGAUAACCCAUUUAAAGAAAUGCAUAUCUUCUUCACCAUCGCAGAUGUCAAGGACGACAAGGGCUCCCGCGUGGAAAGAAGAGACAGCCAGCACCAAGAAAAAGAUGUUUCUUCUGAUGAGGAUUCAGAAGACCAGGUGCUUUACAUGAAAAGCACCAAUAGAGUCCGGGAGCACAUUGUUGCGUUCCAAGAUCUCAGUCAUAACGAUGGAUGA